CUCCUAGUUUUAUUUUUAAAUUAAAAAAAAAAAAAAAAAAAAAAAUCUGCAAAACCCAACUUCUUAUAUACGCAGUUCGGCUUCCUUUCUCUCAUCUUACACCUGCUUCUUCACAUGGCAUCUCCUUCUUCUUCAACAUCAGCUGAACCUCAACAAGAAGUUGAAGGCAGCAAAUCCAUUCCCACUGAUCAAACUGUUCUGCAAAAGCAUGCCGCUUUCUUCGAUAGAAACAAUGAUGGAUUUAUUUAUCCUUGGGAAACCUAUGAAGGUUUGCGUGCAAUUGGUUCUGGUGUGAUAGCAUCAGUAUUUGGAUCUAUUUUCAUUAAUGUUGGUCUUAGUGGCAGCACUCUUGCUGGGAAAUCCUUUUCUCUGCUAUUCCCAAUUGAGGUGAACAAUAUUCAUUUGGGUAAACAUGGGAGUGAUUCGGGCGUUUACGAUAAAGAAGGAAGAUUUGUUCCUUUGAAAUUCGAAGAAAUUUUCACCAAACAUGCUCUCACGAAUCCUGAAGGUUUAACAUCUGGUGAAUUGAAGGCAAUGCUAAAAGCUAACAGAGAACGCAAGGACUGGUUUGGAUGGAUAGCUAGCUUCGCUGAAUGGCAAGCAUUAUACCACCUCUGUAAGGACAAAGAUGGAUUACUACACAAGGAGACGAUUAGGGCUGUGUAUGACGGGAGUCUCUUUGAAUGCUUGGAGAAAGAGAACGAGAAGAACAAGAAGAAAUCAUCAUAAGAGUAGUAAUUGAAAAGCUAUUUCCAUGAUAAUUACAAUAUGGAAAAAAAUUGUGUUUGUUUUUAAAUUUCUCUUGGUAACAAGCAUCUACUUUGAUUUGAUCAUUAGCUUACAUAAGUUUAUGUUCAAACAAAUAAUCAAAAUUGUAAGGUGUAAUAUGCGUGUAUAGAUAGAUAUAUACAUAUAAAUAUAUAUCUAUGUUUAUAUAUUGUAUCUUUGAUGAAUUGUUGUGUAAAGGGACUAUAGUGUCAUAGGGUUUCUCUGUUUCAACUAGGGUGAGAUUGCUUUCAAAUAUAGAUGUGGAAAUUAUACAUUUAA